UGACCUACCUUUCAUUGGGUGUACUACUAAGCAGGAAGUCGAAGCACUGUUUCUUUAAAUCAAAGGAACAAAUCACAACUUUAAGCGUAAUCAACAUUUGUCUAAGAUAAAGGCCUGCAACAAGUAUGGCUUCAAGGAAGAAAAAAGACUACACAAAAGUGUUAUCAAUUACAGAGUGUAAUAUCUGCCAUUUGGAUCUUUCCGACCCUCGUCGGAUAGAGUGUGGACACGUCUUCUGCCUCCAUUGUCUAAGUCAACACGUAAGUUGUUCGUCUUCUUGUCCAACUUGUAAACGACCUAUGAAGCCAAAAUUAGGAACGGUCGAAAACUACCCUGUUGCUAUGGAAAUUGUACACCUGCUGCAGUCUCUUCAAAAAGUUGCAAGUUGCGGCCAUAUAGUAGAUGAAGGAAGUUGUACUGAAGAUAAUGUAAAGGGUGAAGAAGAUGCGAACGAAUAUGAUGUAGUUGAUUCUGACCCAGAUCUGGGGGAGACUAAGACGUUACCUCAAAAAUCAAAAUCUGUCAUGUCGAACGAAGUGUGCGAUAUACAUGGACAAAGACUGGUUUCUGUUUGUACCACUUGUGAUGAUGAACUUAUCUGCGCCAAAUGCAGCAUCCAUUCUACCCACAAUAAACAAGAGAUAUCUGAACAUAAUAGGCAUCUCAAGCGACUACUCGAAAAACAAAGAGCUGAUUUACUCCAACGGGGAAAAGAUGACGGAGCAAAAGAAGAAAUAUUGCAGGAAAUGAUCGAAGAGCAAGUUCAACAAAAGGAAACCAUUAAAGACGAGAUAGAAGAAAUUGCCGAGGAAAUGUUCACACAAAUUCAUAUGAAAAAGGAAGAAAUGCUUUUACCUAUUGAGGAAAAGGCAGACGAAUACGUCAAACAACUGACGGAGAGGCAGGAGGAUAUCAAAGACAGGAUAUCUGUGUUCAGUCACAUCAGCAACAGGAUUGGAAAAAUUUCACAUGAUGACACAACAGACUACAGCAGAAAAGCAAAAAUAUUGGUUAAACAAGCAAACAUUGCACUCCAGAUAGAAUACAAACCUGUACCACGUUACCAGAACAUUGAGUUCACCAAGAAUGACAAAGUCCUAGAAGAUCUGUUAAAACUUCAGUUAGGUGAUGUAAAGGUAGAUGAAGUAUCAAUAGCGCAGGACGAGGAGGGUAAAGCGUCCGAUUUCAUUUCUGAUGAGGAGGAAGGAUACAAUGACUGUAAUUGCACGGACGAUGGCUCAGUCGUGCCUCCACCACCUCCUGUGAGACCAAAAUAUAAUUAUCCAUUACCUACACAUAUGUCACAGUCAUCUAUGGAUCCUCCACUUCCUCCACGACCUCAAAAUCAAUAUCAAAAUCAAAGUCCCCUAGCAUCUAAAAACGAAGAGGAAAUCUACUAUGACCUUGGCGAUUCCAUAUAUGUCAAUCCUAUACGGAAACAAAAGCACGACACGGAACCUCCAGAACAGAAAGAACAUAAACUGGACAGCCAUUUCACUCCACCGCCAUUAUCUCCCUUUUCAGGAACAUUUCGAAAAUCGGUCUCUUUACCAAUCGACAACCGUGCGUUUCAACAGAGAUUGCUUCACCGUGUAUUCCUCCCCUUUAGACCCUCGGGGUUCACGGUUGUCCGAGGUUCUAUGGGACACUACUUUACAUUUGUCACAGAUGAUUUCCACGUGAAAAUGUUCAGAGAGACUGGAGACUUAUAUAGGACAAUAACAGAUGUCGUCCGAGCGUUUGAUGCUGCAAGCCAACAACAUGGAGAGGCAUUGACGCCAUUGUACAUAACAGAUGAAGGACGAAGGACAGGAGAUGGAAGUGUCAAAGUGUAUACGUCCGAGGGAGAAUUCCAGAAAGUGUUGGUUGGAAAGCUUAAGAAACCACAAGGAAUUUCAAUAUCACGAGUGGGACUUGUUUACGUAUGUGACGAAGUAAAUAUCCUUGUGUUUUGUCCAAAAACGGGGAAAAGGAAGAGGAUAAUAUCUACCAUCGGGAAAGAUCCAAUUUUUGUACACCCAUUGUAUGUGAUGGUGAGCGCCACUGGAAAGAUCCUAGUCUCCGAUGUGGGCACUAGGGAGCUCAAAAUUCAUGACGAAACCCGAAAGUACACCGACAAGUUCAAACCAGACGAGGACGAAGGGGAGCUUUACACAAGCUUUACUCCUGGAAUGUGUGCCGAGGAUUCUUCUUCGAAUUAUUACGUCAUUGACCAAGAGAGAAACAUACUUUAUAUAUUGCGCGGUGGGGGGAGGUCAGAGAAGCUGGUGCUACCACAAAAACCUCAGGGGCACGAUGGAAUACCAACAACUGUUUCCUUUGCCAACGAUACGGGCAACAUUGUCGUGUUUUAGAUAAACGGAAACAGGGUAAUGUUUUGAUAAAACAAACUUAUGGCUGUACACACUCAAACAACGCAACACUACGUUAAUCAACAUUAUACCACAACGUCGAUCGUUAAUUAACCUUUAUGUAGUCCUGCUUUGUUAUCAACCAAACACUUGUUGGAUGAACUAGAUAGAAGAGUUCAGAAUCGCCUAAACUUGAUCAACAUAAAAACCACCCUAAAUUUGCCAAUGGCGUAAAAAUCCUAAAUGGACAAUUAAUACCAUUCUGAACUCUUUUCUACGCUAAAUUAAAGACGCUUUGGGUGCCCAAUGAGGAUACACACGAUAUUGUGGAGCAGUUCUACAACUACAACCAUUUCUACUUUGAGUAACUAAGGGUAUUUUAUUUUACAACGCACUCACCAACGCCCUAUUUAAAAAAUGAAAUAUCUAAAACAUGUAGGUGAUCAGAUUAAUAUCCACGUAGUACAUCGGGAACAAGUACACCUGGAAUUUAAACAUGUUGCUUAAAAUUAUUUAUUCUUUUUACCCUUUAACUUGGAGUUUGGUUUUUUCUACGUUUCAGUAUUUGUUGCUCAAUGUAAUCGGUUUGACACAAAGCCAGGCCGCUUUUGUGAAUGAGCACAAUUAUAUAUUAAAAUCAAUUAUAAUAGUAAUUAAAUUGUUCAAUGUUAAAAGUAAUCCUAUUGUUCCAUUAAAAUAGUUAUCCUAUUGUUCAAUGUAAAAAGUAAUCACAUUGUUCAAUGUAAAUAGUAUUCCCUUUGUUUAAUGUCAAAAGUAAUCCCAUCGUUUAAUGUACAAGGUAACCAAAUUGUUCAAUGUAAAAAGUAAUCACAUUGUUCAAUAUGAAUAGCAAUCCUUUUGUUCAAUGUAAACAGUAAUCCCAUUGUUCAAUAUAAAUAGCAAUCGCGUUGUUUUGUUUGGUCGAGCCAUGAAAUAUACACACAAAAAGGCAAGCAUAGAAAGCUAAUGUAUUAUUUAGCUGACAUGUUUUGUUGUUUAUACUUCUAUUUUGUCUCGUUCACAUUUAAAGACAUAGAGCUUGGUUAUAGACAUGGGGAGCUCGUCCAUACAUAAUGUAUCGUUUACAAGUUGAACAAUAUACUUACAUAUGUACAUAUCAUGUAAAUCAUGGCCCUAAUAUAUACUUACUUUAUACUACGGGAAUUGUUCUUAAGCAAACGAUAUACUUUGCUAUAUGACUAGUUUUGUUUGUUUGACUCCCGAGCACUUUGGUUAUCGAGCAGGCGAGUAUGACUUAUUUACUAAUAUAUGUGUUAUGUAUGUCUGUUUAGUUUUACUAAUUCAGAGGAAUCACGUUUGUGCUUAGGUAAAUGAAACUAUCUUUGUUUGGUGACUCUGAAUAGCUCACGUACAUCAGGGACGAGACCCAGUAUUUCUUCAUAACUAAUUAUUUGAUUUCCAUCAAACUUCACCAUUUUAUUUCGUAAUGUACAAAGAUUACUUUAUUUCAACAUGUUAAAUAGUUUAGGGUUCCUUUAAGGGUUGUACUUCAGGUAUAGGUUUGUGGGUGUAGACUACAAGUUUACGCUCAAGCUUUAGCAGUUUCAUUGUACCGGUUUGUCAACCAACUCGUCAUCAGCGAGUCCAGGUAUAAAUCCAGUAUUAACACAUAUUAUCUAGUUUAAAGGGACAUCCCGUUUCAAAUGUCCAGUUUGACCACUUGAAUUGUUCGGGAAUGCCUUGUUAAAAAAGUGCCAAAACGUCAUGUGACGGUUUUGAAACGAUGCAGUAAACACAGGUGGUCUGACCGAGAUGCAAAGUUUCCAAAGUGGCCUUCAGUAAGGGGCCGUCAGGCAGCUGCAACCUCUUACCGGACUAUGAAACCAUGGAAUAUGAUUUCACAGUCCGUGUUGAAACUUAUUGAAUCCUCUUAGCAGUAAUUAUUCAUCAUCAAAAGUUAAUUGCACACAUGCCAUUACUCAAAAUUAAAAUGUAGAAAUAUGUGUUGACCUAUCGGCAUUAUUUAUAGACACCAGGAAAUAUCUAUUACCGGAAUGUGACCAUAGUAAGCCAUAUAAGCCAUCACACACAAUAAACA